CCAGUCUCGCGGCGAGAGCUCGCGGUCGCCCUCCCUCGCCGUUCGUCGGCGGGCGUGUCCGCGCCGAGUGGCGUGAGUCACCGCGACCGAGGCGCCUCUGGCGGGCGCCGGCCCCAACUACUCGAGGACCGCUGUCUGCAAACACCGUCGCACAACGCCCCAAAAACCGGCCCGGUGAGAACGUGUCUGCUAUCCUUCUCAACUCAGCCGCUCAGCAAACAUGGACCCCGCCUUCGAGGGAGUUGGACAGGAGGCCAAGCUGUGGAUCUGGCGUAUUGAGGACUUCGAAGUCAAGCCGUAUGCUGAGAACCAGUACGGCAAAUUCUACGAAGGAGACUGCUACAUUGUUCUGAAGACGACGCUGAAGGGCGACCAGCUGAUCCACGAUGUCCACUUCUGGCUGGGCAAGGAGUCGUCACAGGAUGAGUGGGGCACGGCCGCCAUCAAGGCCGUGGAGCUGGACGACUCGCUCGGGGGGAAGCCGGUGCAGCACCGCGAGGUGCAGGGCCACGAGUCGGCCCUCUUCCUCUCCUACUUCAAAAAAGGUAUCCAGUACCUGAAGGGUGGCGUGGCCAGCGGGUUCCGUCAUGUCGACCCCGACGACUACGAGCCGGCACUGUUCCAGGUCAAGGGCCGACGCAACGUCCGUGUUACCCAGGUGGAGAUGGGCGUGGGCUCGAUGAACAAGGGCGACUGUUUCAUCCUGGACACCGUGGAUACGGUCUAUGUGUGGACGGGACCGGAGAGCCGGCGCACAGAGAGACUCAAAGCCAUCCAGUCGGCCACGGAAAUGCGCGACAACGAUCACGCCGGAGGAGCCAAGGUGCUCAUCCUCGACGAGUUUGCCGACGGGGGCGAGUUCGAGGCGUUCUUCGAGGCUCUGGGCGGCGGCUCCAACGACGACGUUGCCGACGCGCCCGCUGCCGAUGAUGACGUCAGCCACGAGAGGAACGAACAGAAGGAGGUCACUCUGUAUAAGGUGUCGGACGGCGGAGACGACUCCGUCGAGAUCGAGGAGGUCGGCGGCCGGCCGCUCACUCAGGACAUGCUCAAAUCGGAGGACUGCUUCAUCCUGGACACGGGCGCCUCCGGGUUCUUCGUGUGGAUCGGACGCGAGAGCACCAAGGCGGAGAAAGAGUCGGCGGUGAACAAGGCCACUAAAUACAUGGAGCAGAAGGGACUGCCUGUCUGGACCAAGGUGGAGCGUAUUGUCGAGGACGCUGAGCCGGCUGUGUUCAAGCAGUACUUUGAGCGCUGGGUGGACGACGAUGAGCAGGUCGGCCUCGGCAAGGUCUACACUCAGGAGCAGAUUGCUGAGAGUCUGCCCAACCUGGACCUGUCGGCUCGCUCCCCGGAGGAGCGCCGCCACCUGGUGAAAAAGUCGGCCGGCAGCGCCAUCGGAUUCAUGCCUGAUGACGCCUCGGGAGCGGUCGAAAUCUACCGUAUCGAGGAGAUGGAGCUGGCGCCGGUGGCGGAGGAGGCGCACGGCAUGUUCUUCGGCGGCGACUCGUACGUCAUCAAGUACACCUACGAGAAGGAGGGACGCGAACAGUACAUCAUCUACUUCUGGCAGGGCAACGAGAGCUCCCAGGACGAGAAGGCGGCCUCGGCGCUGCAGGCGGUGAAAAUGGACGACGAGCUGGGCGGAAAGGCGGUCCAGGUCCGCAUCUCACAGGGCGAGGAGCCCCGCCACUUCCUCAUGCUCUUCAAGGGCAAGAUGAUCGUCUUUAUGGGCGGCCACGCCAGCGGCUUCAAGAACGUGCACGACCACGACACGUACGACGCUGACGGCACGCGCAUGUUCCACGUGCGCGGCACGUGCGAGGCGGACACGCGCGCCGUGCAGGUGCCCGAGCAGGCGGCCUACCUCAGUCCGGACGAUGUGUUCGUGCUGGAGACGCCGGGCGCCACCUACAUCUGGAACGGACAGCAAGCAUGCGAGGAGGAGAAGUCUGUGUCUGCCAGUAUCGCCGCCCUGGUGUCACCGGACGCCGAGCCACAGGUCAUCAACCAGGGCGAGGAGCCGGAGGAGUUCUGGGCGGCGCUGGACGCCUCGCCCGAUCAGAUGGGCUCCCACCAGCCCAGCUCGCCGGUCCGCGGCAAGAAGCUGAUCCACUGCAGCAUCAACAAGAGCGGCAACUUCAUAGUGGACGAGCUGGACGGCUUCGAGCAGGACGACCUGAACGACGACGACGUGAUGCUGGUGGAUACGGGUGACGAGGUGUACUGCUGGAUCGGCAGCGAGGCCAGCGCAAUGGAGAAGGAGAAGGCCUUCCAGCUGGCCAAGAAGUUUGUCGAGACAGACCCGUCGCCUCGCAAGGACGCCACCGUCAUCCAAGUGAAGGAGGGCAACGAGCCGGCCUCGUUCAAGGCGCUGUUCCCCUCGUGGAACGACUCUCUGUUUGAGGUGCCCGCCAGCGAGCGGCCCAAGUACGACGACGUCAAGUCGAUGAUCGCUCAGUUCAACGCGUCCAUGUGAGCGCCGAGGGAACGUCUGACCGGCGCGUGACCCGGCCUAUGGCGCUGCGUCACUGUCCCCGGGCGGCCCCUGGGGCGCGGUGGUCCGUGGGGACUGCCACUACCGGCCGCUCGCCGCCCCCGGACUGUACACCCUUAGAGCCUCCGUCUUUUAAAGCUCGUGUAGGUUCACUAUUUGAUAAGCUCGCAGCCCGAUGUGAAGAGCGAUUAGCUGUGCGACAAUGCGUUUUGUUAUGUUGAAUGUGCCUUGCCUAUGAUGAGCGUGCACCCAAUUAGGGCAAUGGAGCUACUCCAUCAGCUUUAUGAAAUUCCGACCGGUAAUACGUAGUGGCAUGUGUUGGACCUGUGGAGUGUACGUACGUAUCGGUAAAGCUGGAUUGUCUGAGAUUUCUACAGGAUUUUCAUGCGUUUAUGUUUAUCAGUCUUCUCCUAUUUAAGGUCGGAUCCAAUGUUAUAUUUAUUUUCUCGACAGAACAGCUUCGUUAUGCCCAUGAAAUAGAGCUGUGACUGUACUUAUGUGGAAAAUACUAUGGAUCAUUUUAAUCCACCGCCCGAUGAUAUUUUUCCACAUCUCUAGUCUUCCGGUUUGUUGAGUAUGACGUGAUCAACUCAAAUCAUACGAGAUUCCCGGCGCCAUCCCUAUAGGAGUUCAGUCAGCUGGUUAGUGCGAGGCUGAGCGAGCGCGACUGCUGAUAUGCUGGCCUUUUCUCUAUCCGCUUUUGUAGUUGCCAACGCCUAUCGGCCUCAAGUCAAGCUGGCCGUCACCUAGGCUAAGACUGGCGUCAUACACACUCUGCUGUAACGGUGUCGAAAGCUAUUUUUCAAAUAAAAUAUGUAAAUUCA